AUGGGUGGAGGCGAUCUUAACUUGAAGAAAUCCUUUCAUCCCGCGCUGCGGCGCAAUCAACAGGCCGUCUGGGACGAAGAGCAAAAGGCCCUGGCCGAGCGCAAGCGAACAAAGCAACGCAUCGAGGAAAUCAAAGAGGAACUCAAGAAUGAAGAAGUCCAACGACAGCUCGAGGCUGCAGGAGGGAAGAAGCGCGUUGAUCGCGUUGACUGGAUGUACCAAGGCCCCAACGACGGAGAAGGCGGCACGACAGAAGAAUCAGAAGCCUACCUGCUGGGCAAGCGGCGUAUAGACCACCUUAUCAAGGGCACAGAGCAUAAGAAGUUAGAGAAAGAAGCGGGGGCCGAGAGUUUCAUGGCGCUGCAGAAUGCGAAUACUGCGAGGGAUACAGCUGCCAAGAUUCGUGACGAUCCGUUGCUGGCUAUCAAGCGACAAGAACAAGCUGCCUACGAAGCCAUGAUGAACGACCCGAUCAAGCGCCGACAAUUACUGUCCUCGAUGGGAAUUCACGAUGAGAAGAAGAAGGAAAAGUCACGGAGGAGAGAAGAUCGACCCGACAGGCAUCGAAGGAGGCAUCGUCAUCGCAGCGCGGACCCUGACGAUAGACAUCACAGACGACGACGUUCAGAUUCGCGAUCGCGAAGUCCACGACGUCGUGAUGAUUCGAGAGAAGGACGGCACAGGCGAGGCAGAGACGAUAGUCGAGAAGAUCGUUCGCGACGAAGACACGACGAUUCUGAGGACAGAGAACCUAGACGUGAGCACCGCUCGCGCCAUGAACGACCACGCGACGAGCGCCCCCGCGAAAGUCGAAGGGAUUUCCGAAGAAGCUACCCCGACUCUCGCGACAGGCGACCACGAUACAACGAAGAAGACGAUAAAGCCAAGGAGGAAGAGCGUCAGCGCAAGUUAGCCGCCAUGCAGUCUGCGGCAACAGAGCUCGAUGAAGAUCGCGCAAAGCGUCUUACGGCACUGGAACAACAGGAGGCAGCGGCUCGCGAAGCAGACGACAAGGCACGAGAGCGCGUCGGUGACCGCAGCUUUGUGAACAAGCUACAUCAACAAGUAGGCCACAAGGGUCUAGCGGACCGUAUGGGCGGAUCGCGUCGGGGAUAUCAACGGGACGAAGAUUAG